ACUGAGGCCAUGAUGUUUCAGCAUGUGAUGUCUCAGGAACAGUCCAAGCCUAGAGAACUGUGAACAUGGCUGUGAGUAACACGGAGGGGGACCUGUCUAUCGACCCAGCAGUCAGCUGUAAACUGUGUCUCACAGAACAGACACUGUCGGACAUGUUUGAGCUCAAACAAUGUGGAUGCUCCUUCUGUACUGCAUGUAUGAAGCAGUACAUCCAGGUGAUGGUUAGGGAAGGCACUGUUCUUGCCCUGACCUGCCCAGAUGCCUCCUGUCUUAAACAAGGCACAUUGGAAGCCUUUGAGGUGCAGAAACUUGUGGACCAAAAGCUGUAUGAUAGGUACUGUAAGCUGAAGUUUGAAAGAGAGGUUGAUCUGGACCCCAGGAGAACAUGGUGUCCACAGGCGGGAUGUGAGACCAUCUGCCACGUGUGCUCCAGAGACCCUUACCAGGCUUCUCCUGUCAAAUGUCCCAAGUGUGGUCUGAAUUUCUGCUCAAGGUGUAAAUUGAAGUGGCACACAGACCUGUCCUGUGAUGAGUUUGUCAAAAGUGGCUAUUUAUCAAAUAUCGGCAUAACUAGAAGCGGUUAACAAAAAGGCACCCCGCAGUGCCACCUGCCCAUAGAGAGGGAUGAGGGGUGUGCACAGAUGAUGUGUAAGAGAUGCCGACAUGUCUUCUGUUGGUACUGCCUUGCGUCUUUGGAUGAUGACUUUCUCCUGAGGCAUUAUGACAAGGGUCCAUGCCGCAAGAAACUAGGACAUUCCAGGGCAUCUGUCAUUUGGUACAGGACACAGGUUGUUGGCCUGUUUGCUGGGUUUGGUAUCUUACUCCUCGUGGCCUCCCCAUUCCUCCUGCUGGCAGCACCCUGCCUGCUCUGUGGCAAGUGUAUGACCAGCAAGGCUUGCAAGUCAUGCUGCAGCGACGAAGUUCCAGACAACAACGUCGAGCUUUGACAAACUUUGGACAAACGGGAACAUGCUGCUACACCCGUCAUACAAAUCUCUGCACUUGGUCCGCAGUGGUGCAAUCUCUGUCGGGUCAAACCGACCUUAUAAUUUGGUGUUUUGGGUAAAACAUUUAUCUUGCAAUAACCUUUCUAUUUGAAUUUUACAAACAUGUACCCAAGACAAAGUGUAAAAAGAUGAUUAUCCAAGUAAAUUUACCAUGUGUUUUACAUGGUCUUGAAGCAGUAAAAUCACUUGUUACUCUGCAUAGAUAACAAAAUUGGCUGUCCGCCAAUGAUCAUGUCUUGAUGAUGGAUUCUAUAGCUGCAAAACCUGGUAGCUUUUUAGCUCAUGAAGUUUUGUUAUGUCUAUUUGUCUUAUCAACAUUGUGAAAGCAUAGGAGAGUAAGUCUCUUGUGAUGUGGCUACUUUUGUAAUAUUUCAGAGAGGCCUAUUGUACAUAAAACAACAGUAUUUCCUGUCACUGGUACAGUAUAGAGAGUACAGUAUGUAACAGAUUUACUCUUUGGGCAAAGAUUGUUAGCCUGGGUACCAUCUGAUUUCUACUGAGGCUCCUUCUGUAUCUGUAUCUAUAUAGCCGGUAUAACCGCCCUAUGGCGUAACACACCAGCUUUUAAACAUUUUUAGGGCAGCUAUUGCAAGGAGCCCUGAUAGAAAUCGAAUGGUACCCAGGGUAAAACAUUGUUCCUGUAAGGAACCAUUAUAUUAUAUAUUGAUGUCUCUACUCUAGAUACAGGAAACACUACUCCAGGCUGUUUUCCACAUCUGCCAGUUUGUCUGCAGAUGGCAGAUUACAAAAAAAAUAACAAAUGGUGCUUUUGAUCUCUACUUUGGUAUUGAUGAUUGAAAGCAAAAUGUAUCAAAUUUUCUAGCUGUUUCUUGGUAAUUGCAACAUUUUUGCUGUAUAUUAGGAGGUAAAUGUUUUGUCUAUUCAUUUUUUUUCUAUCUAGGUUAAGUACAAGAUAGAAGCUUACAUGGAAACACCUAAUUUCUAGUUUAAAACCUUUAUAAUGUGGUGUGAAACAACUUGCUGCUUGACGUCUAGUUUCGUGCACAUAUGAAAAAAAAUUCUUUUUGUACCCUUUGGCUUUGCCCCUUCUUAGUCCUUCUCAGGUAUGUUUAGUUGUGCCUAUUCCAUUUGCCAAAAACCUGUAGUUGGGAAAUCUGUAAAACGUGUGCAGUCUUUCUUUCAUUCUCAGCACUCUUGUUGGAAUUCAUAAUCAAAAUACAGUCUUCUUCUUCCAUACCACAAGUAUUUUUCCAUAAUUGUAGUGUAUAGUGGAUGCUUGGGUCCGAUAUCUUGCCUUCUCAGAACUCCACUUCUCAAGAAGAUCAGACGUAAGCCUUAACCUUCAGCUGAGUGCAAUACACCACCUUCGAAUAUCAAAACAAUAAUAUAGGGUCUAUGCUCUGUAUUGUUAGAAGUUGUUUGAGUUCUAACUGAUUCAUAAGCAAUACCACUGUAACAACACAUGUAUAGCUAUGAUGAUGUACACAGGGUGUGUUUGCUUUGGUGUUAAAAACAAGGGUCUCCAUGGUUGGCAAGUACAUAAAAGCUCUGGCUCAAACCAACUUUCCACUUGCCCGAAAUUUAUACGAUUUACUUGAACUUCUAUGCAGUGAAGGAUGCAGUCAUACCUUCACUGCACAGUUCACUCACUCACUGCACAGUUGCAGCAAGGAAAUCAUUUCAUUUUUCGGAUAAAACAGCACUUAAAAGCAUGUAACAACCUUAAUACCAAGGAGUUGAGAGUCUUCCAGCUUGCUAAACUCUAGUCUGUGUAACACAAACUCCGCUAUCCGGAGCUUGUAGGCUCCUCCCCGCGUGGCAAUGUAUGACGGGCCUAAGAAGCGUGAUUAAAUCAGGCUAGCUAAAUUCAUACUUUGUGUGGAUGUCAUGUACUUACAGGAAAUGAGCAUGAUCUUGCUACAUAUCUUACUUAAUGGGUUUCUGACAAGUUUCUUGGGCCGGUCGGUUGGAUGAGCCACUGGGAGUGUGAUUUACUCAAUGUAGUUGACCAAUAUCUGCCGACCAUUAUCUAUCCAUGGAAAAAUCCCAGGUCUCUGAGGCUACAGAUGCAGUGAAUCAUUUGAUGCUCCUUGCUGUUUUUGAAACUCAUUGAUUCACAACUGAGGAAUGCCAUUACAUACAUGUAUAAACAAGCAAAACGAAAACUUCUGUAACAACUGUCAAAUGCAGUAUGUAUGAUUAUUUCAAUUUUCUAUACUUCACCAUUUAUCCUUACAGCACAAGUCUUCAUAAAUGUAGUCUAGAUGGUCUGUUUUCAACAUGUUUAUGCUGUAAAUGUAAGGGACGUUGUGUAGUAGUGGAAGAUCUUGCAUUUUAGAAAAGUGGUGCAAUGGACAUUUUCUUCUGGGCAUGGCUUAAUUCCUGGUUGAGCAUUGCCAAGCUGAUCAUAUCACUUUAAUGGUGUCUCCAGUCGUUCACCUGUCCAUUACAGUUGAUAUAGUUUUGAAAACUUUGUGAAUAUGACUUGCCAUAUUCAACUUUCUUCCAAUUCCAUAUUCAUUCACAUUCCACAUAGUAGGCAUUCCAUCUUUGAUCUGUACCCAAGGUUGGCAACUUGCUUAAACCAGUGGAGAGUGUUUUGCUUCACCAAGGUGUGAGUGAGUAAAGGAUGAGCACAAGUGAUGUAUUCUCUGACUCUGUUAAUCAAGAAUGUUGAUAAUAGAUUUACUUCCUUAUUUGCAUAUAUAUGUGUACAAAAAAAUAAUGUUUGUUGAUAUUUAUAUAUGCUACUUGUUGUACCUUUAUGCACUUUGCUUCUCUGACUAGACAGUCCUCCUUUUUGGACCUUGACUUGAGUUGUGUGCUUAUAAUAAAGUGAUAUGGAAGCCUUUGG